CUUAUGGUAUUUUACAACGCAAAAAGGUGUUCUUGUUUUUUGGGUUAUUUUUUUUGAAAAUUUCCUCCCUCCGUCGGAAGAGGAUUUCGCUACAUCGGCUCACCGGGGAACGGCUCUGAGAGGUAUAUGCUUUGAUCCUCCCAUCUUCAAUGGUGAAAAGCUUACAAGGCGGAGGCCAAAACCUCCCGACUGACGUCACGCAGGUCAUUGAUCAGUUGGAGCGCCACUGCUUGGCUCCUGAUGGGUCUCUCGUCUCCAAACCUGCCCACUACGAUCUACAGCUCGCGAGAGAAGAAAUGUCGAGGGAAAGGUUGCGUUAUUUGGAAGCCAUGGCAAUCUAUUGUGAAGCAAUUGCAAUGGUGGAAGAGUAUCAGCAGGCUGUUUCAAUGGCGAACCUUGGAGGAGUUCGAGAUGUUCAGGCGCUUUAUCCACAGCUAGGCUUGAAGAAUUCGCCGCAGGUUUAUGAGACUCUUGAGCACCGAAUGGUAGUGGCUGAAGCAUCUCAAAGAUUGAGGCUUCCUCUUAUAUCAAAGGAUGGUGAAAUCCAUGAGGAAGAGAUCGAGAAGUUAUCGCGAAGUUCCCUUGAUAGUACAAGCACUGGUGUCACAAUCAGUUCAAGCACUAAUUCAACAAAUUAUGCAAGUGCUAGCAGUACAGGAAGCAUUGUGAACAACAGUCUUUCAGUAAGCUCAACUGAUACUGCAGAACCUGGAGUAGGUGGUGUUCCCAAUCGCUUUCUUGGAAUUACACCUGCAUUUUUAUGGCAAACACAGCUCCAUCAUACGCCUUCCACGGAUAUGGCUGAAUAUCAAAUGGCUCUUUCUCGUGAGAUUGAUGCUCGUCUGAAGACUAAAUGUGAUAAAGUAGCUGAUGCUUUUAUUAUGGAUGAUAUUGAGUCAUCAUCUGGGCAUCAUAGCUCUAGUGCUCGGCUUCCUGAGAGGGUUAAGUUGAUCAUCGAAGAAAUUGAAAGGGAAGAAGCAGCUUUACGGCAAGAGCUUUACUCGGCGGACAGAAAGUUCGCUGAAUAUUACAAUGUUCUUGAGCAGAUAUUGGGAGUACUAAUAAAGCUUGUCAAAGAUUUGAAGUUGCAGCAUCAACAUAAAUAUGACGAUCUCCAGAAAACAUGGCUGUGCAAAAGGUGUGAGACCAUGAAUGCAAAACUGAGUGUAUUAGAGCACGUUCUCUUGCUAGAAACUUACACUCAGGAAUCUAUACCAGCCCUUCAUAAAAUAAGAAAAUAUCUUGUUGAAGCUACGGAGGAAGCUUCUAUUUCUUAUAACAAAGCAGUUACUCGUCUCCGUGAGUAUCAAGGCGUAGACCCUCAUUUCGACACAAUUGCAAGGCAAUACCACGAUAUCGUGAUGAAACUUGAUAAUAUGCAAUGGACAAUACAUCAAGUUGAGAUGGACUUGAAACGCUUGCCAGAUCAAUCAACUUUGUCUUCUCAAAUGGUUGGCUUAAAUUAAUCAUAACCAUGGGAGUGUUACCUGAAGAAAGUAAUAUGGCUCAAAAUUCCUGUAGAAGCAUAAGAUUUUGAGAGAACAAAAAGUUGUGUUUUUAUUUACAAAUUUAAGGAAAUUUCCAUCUUAUA